AAAGAUGGUGAAGUCGAAGGACGGAGCUAAGCAUUCUUAACGAUCAAAUGUCUAAAUUAGCGGUGAAGAAUACAUUAAGAGUCGGUCAACAUGUAAGUGUCGAUUCACGAGGGAUCUGCUCGAUGUGAAUAAAGCACUUGUCAGCUCUCGAGAAAAGCAGCUCGGAAAGACGUCGAGUAAGACUUUGACAAGACAGAGUAACCUACCUGUUUGUACAUUUACAUUAAGAAAAUAAACAUCAUGAGAGGAGGAAGAAGGACCGAUAUUGUCUUCUUUGCAAAUCAGAAAGUAGGAGCAUGGAUAAGCUAUUGGUCGAGCAAGCGAUAGAGUCUAUCGUGUUUAUAAAGAUGACAACUGUAUUGGAUGGUAGCUAUCAACAGCUCGAGCCUUACGACGAGGGCGAGGGUGACGGUGACGAUGACGACGAACGCGAAGAAACGCCUCAAGAAUCGGGUGUAAUGAUACACGUAGUACCAGAGGGAAACAAAGCGAGAUGGAAUCAUAUAGAAGAUUUGGAUUCUUUCUUCACGAGAAUGUAUCAUUAUCAUCAAAAGCAUGGUUUCGCAUGCAUGAUGCUUCAAGAAAUUUUUGAAUUAGGACAGUUCAUUUUCGUAGUCACCUUCUCCACGUUUCUCUUUCAUUGUGUCGAUUAUUCCGUACUGUUCAAAGAUAAGAUGGUAAACAAACCGCAGAAAAUAUCGAUCAACGAUGCCAUAUUGUCAACAGGGGAAUGCACAGCUUCUAUGGGAUUGAUCACGUGGAUUUGCAUUUUAGUAGCAGCUAUUUUUUGGAUUCUACGUGCCGUUAAAGUUCUCUAUCACCUUACUCAGUUUUGGGAUAUAAAAUUAUUCUUUAAUGUAGCACUAAAAAUCGAAGACUGUGAUUUGGAUAAUCUAACAUGGCACGAAGUGCAAAAGAGAGUAAGAGAAGUUCAGAAAGAACAGGAAAUGUGUAUUCAUAAAAGAGAACUCACGGAAUUAGAUAUAUAUCAUAGGAUAUUAAGAUUUAAAAAUUAUAUGGUGGCUAUGAUCAACAAGUCGCUGUUACCGGUGCGACUGAAGGUCCCUGUUAUCGGCGAAGUCAUUUUUAUGACAAGAGGAUUGAAGUACAAUAUGGAACUACUGUUAUUCUGGGGACCAUGGUCGCCUUUCGAAAAUAAUUGGCACUUGAAGGAAGAUUAUAAGAAACUAUGUAAGAGGCAGGAACUGGCGCGAACGCUAUCGAAACAUAUUUUGUGGGUGGGAAUAGCAAAUUUUGUAUUGUGCCCGUUAAUUCUCUUGUGGCAGAUCCUCUAUUCAUUUUUCAACUACGCCGAAAUUAUAAAGAGAGAGCCAGGUACUCUGGGAACAAGAAUGUGGUCUCUGUACGGUCGACUUUAUCUUCGUCAUUUCAACGAACUCGAUCACGAAUUAAAUGCCCGCUUAAAUCGUGCCUACCGUCCAGCUUCGAAGUACAUGAGCAUAUUCACUUCACCUAUAAUGACGGUUAUUGCAAAAAAUGUUGCAUUCGUAACUGGAAGUAUACUAGCUGUUCUAUUGAUAUUGACGGUAUACGACGAAGACGUUUUAACGGUCGAGCACGUUUUAACGACUAUGACCAUAUUGGGAGCGAUGGUAGCUGGUUCAAGAGCAUUCAUACCCGAUGAAAAUUUAGUAUGGUGUCCAGAAGCGUUAUUGACCGCUGUGCUAGCACAUACGCAUUAUAGGCCGGACAGUUGGCGAGGUCAUGCUCAUAUGCAAACUACAAGAGCACAGGUAGCUCAACUCUUCCAAUACCGUGCUGUUCAUUUAUUGGAAGAAUUGAUAUCUCCUUUAUUAACACCAUUUAUUUUGUGCUUCCACAUGAGACAAAGAGCUUUAGAUAUCGUUGACUUUUAUCGUAAUUUUACUAUCGAAGUGACUGGCGUUGGUGACGUAUGUAGUUUCGCUCAGAUGGAUGUACGAAAACAUGGAAAUCCAAUGUGGCAAACUGUUGCUCAAAGUCCUAUAGACGAUCGUAAUACAGGAUACGAUAAUCCUGGAUAUAUCACCGACGCAGCCAAGUUACACGUUCCGAUGUCUAAUCAAUACACCCAAGCCGAGGAUGGUAAAACCGAGUUAUCGCUGAUACACUUUACGUUGACGAAUCCGGAAUGGAAGCCACCGAGUCACGCGGAAAACUUUGUCGCGGCCUUGAGAGAGAGAGCGAAAAAGGAAGUAAAUGGUGUACCGACCGAUGUAAACCCAUUGCUCGCAAGUUUGAACAGUUUAUCUGGUUUAGGACCUGGAUACAACGACUUGGUAUCGAAUAUUAUUCGAAGUACGAUGAUAAACCAAGUCAGCGUUCCCAACGUAAGCAGUGCGUUUACAAAUCAGGCUGGUAUUUUAGGUGCUUCGGUCCCGAUGGACGAAGCAUCCAUCAGUCAAAGAUCGGACAAUAUUUCAUAUCCUGUGCGUCGUGGUUUGAGGAAGGCUGAAGGUCCGUUGCACAAUGAUAAAGGAUUUUUAUACGGAUUGCAACA